ACCCAGCAAGCGCAUUCCCUAUAAUUCGGGUAGACCCAGUAACCCUUAGUUCACCAUCUCUGCAAACCUUAAUCGCAGAUCCCCGCAAAAGAAACUUCCUUUACCAUAUUGAAUCAUCAUGGGUUCUGUCACUCGAAGAAGAAGUCAAGGAGGCCUCUUCGAAAGCCUCUACAGAGUCAUCAUGCGCCGUAACUCCGUAUACGUCACCUUCGUCAUCGCCGGUGCUUUCCUCGGCGAACGCGCUGUAGAUUAUGGAGUUCAUAGGCUCUGGGAAUACAACAAUGUUGGGAAACGAUAUGAAGACAUUCCAGUGUUGGGACAGAGGCAAUCAGAGGAAUGAAAUCACCAGACCUUUUCUGGAUGUUUUGAAUUUGUUAUUGAGGAUUGAGCCAGAGCAUAUGUCUAUUUUUGGUAGCUAUGCUCUCAUUGUUGCAAUAAAAUGUGUUUUGGUCGAACAGCUUUGUUUCAUAACCAUGAGUUGGUUAGACAAUCAUUCAAAAAAAAUUAUUAUUCAGAUUUGUUGAUGGCAGCAUCAAACUGAUUGAACCCAUUUUGUCAUCAUAGUUGCAUUUGCAUCGAACGAUUAGGUUCUGUAUGAUUGUGAUUUGAUGGCCAAUGUUCAUAAUAACAGGAUGACCGA